AUGAAGCAAUUUUCGCAUUCUCAGCCAUUAUUUCCUCCAGAACUCGACCUCAGCUAUUCCUUUUAUCAUGUACAACAUAAUUUUGAGAAUGACUUUCCACGAAGAAAUGUUUCAAAUGUAAUUCUUGCCGAACUUUACAAGUAUUUUGAUACACAUAGAAGAAUAGAUUUCAAGCUUACAGACAUUCAAAUUGAUGCAAUUAUUUCGAAUCUUACUAAUGAAUCAUUCGAUUUACUUGAUGAAAUUUCAAAAAUCGGAGAAGAAGAUAGCAGGGUCCUAGCCCAAACAGUAUUAAACUACCAAACAAUCCCAGUCGAGUACCAAGCAAUUAUUUUUGCAAGAUCAAUCAAUUUUGUCGAUGAAAGUUACUCAGAAUACAUCCAAUUCAUUAUUAAUUCCAAUAAUGAGCUUGCAAUCGGUACAAUGAUCACAGGAAUUACGAAAAUGUUCACGAAAUCGAAUUCAUCUUUAAUUUGGAUACAAAACAUGAUUUUUCAGAACUUCGACCAUCUGAAGACGAUCAACGAUGAAGUCCUCAUUUCAUCUCUGUUCGAAUUCAUUCUCAAUCUCAGAAAAGAUUUCUAUUCAAAAGAAAUCGAAGAAUACAUCAGAGAACAUGUAUAUCUAAACGAUGGAACAAUACAUGUUGGUUCAUUGAUUGUUGCAAAAGCAGGUUUCUUGUGGGAAAGUCUUGGAAAUGACUUAUUAAACUUUCAUUUAACAGUUGAAAACACUUCACAUCGUGUAAAAGUCGGAUCUUUGUUUGUAUUCAAGGUGUUCAUGAGUAAAUGCAGUGAAGAAAGCCAGUUUAAGAGAAUUUUCCAAGUUUGUGUUGAUAUGCUUGAAGAUUCAACAAAUUGUGGCCUCUCCAUCAUCAUGAUCAUUGAACUGAUGUGUCAGGGCCAUGUUUCGAAGGAAGAAAUCAUAAUUUACGAAGAUCUCCUGUUAUCUAUCGUAGAAGAUAAUCCGAGAUGGGAAGAUCUUGCAGAAUUCUUACUAAAUAUUAUUGAGGACAUAGACUAA